AUGGGUAGAAAGGCUGCGCCCGAACAAUGUCCGCAAAGUACACAAAAUAAGAWCUUCGCAGGCUUUAGAGCUUGUUCUUGCCAAGAUGGGUUUUACCGGCUCGAUCGGUUCGAAAAGUGUUACUCUUGUCCUGACGAUGGUGUCAUGUGUUUUAACGAGUCCAUGACACUGAAGCCUGGGUACUACUGGCAGUGGAUUUCCCAGUCGGAGAAAGAGAACUACAUCAACUUUACCAACAACCUGCAAAUCUUUGAUGACAGUUAUAACAAAGACCUGGUUACCUUUAAUAGAUCUUUCCCCAAACAUUACCAAUGCCCAAAAUCAGAGUCAUGUCUGGGUGGCCUGGACGCUAAGUGUGCUGAUGGUUACGCGGGACCCCUGUGUGCUGUAUGUGAUAAAAGACACUAUAGACUAGUUGCUAACUGCUUCAAAUGUCCAGCACUUGGUUGGCGUAUUUUCCAGAUUAGCGCCAUCUCCUUGGUGGUCGUAGCAUUAUUGUUUUUGGUUAUCAAAGUUAAGCGACGGAAGACGCAGUACAAGCGCUCCUUUGUCGACAUCAUUCUUGCUCGUCUCAAGAUCACCGUUUCUUUCUAUCAAAUAUUCUCUAGUACACUUGAUGGAUUUUCGUACGUCCAAUGGCCAAGUGCCUUGAUCAAGAUUAGUAAAUACGCCAAGUUAGUUCAGCUGAAUGUUAUCCAGAUUGCCCCUCUGCAUUGUUUCAGCUCUCGUUUCAAGAUGGAUGCUUAUAGUCGUCUUGUUACUGCAUGCUCGGUUACUGCUUUGGUUAUCCUCGUGGCUUUGGUCUAUUACAACUUUAAACGUUAUUAUCUUCAUAAGAGGGCCAAGCGAUCUGGAAAGACUACCAUUCUCUCUGACCUAGAAGGCACGAAAGAGGCCUGCUACCGGAACGUCUUCCUGUUCAUUUUCGUAACUUACCCACAGACAUGUACGACGAUAUUCCAGAUGUUACCGGCAGCCUGUCACAGAAUCUGUCAAGACAGCAGCCAGAAACAGUGUACCUUCUACUUGAAAGCUGAUUACUCCAUAACUUGCUUUACUGACAAGUACAAUCUGUAUGUCAUCCUGGUUUAUGUUGCUUUGGUCUACCCUUUUGCUGUUCCAUUGCUAACAGUAGCGGUUCUGUUGAAGUAUCACUAUAGAAACUUAAGAAAGAAACCGGCGGAUUACAAGUUCAAUAAUGAACAGAUGAGACAAAACGAGAUUGAUGCAUCAUUGAGUCAACACACAAACCAACACAGAAACACUACGCAUUUAUCUUGUACCCCAACUCAAGACAACCACAAUAUGAAAAGGGAAACUAGACAAAUCAAAAUCCUUCCAGAACCACAAGUAGAGUUUAUGACAGACGAGAUACAGGAUGUCACUAAGAACAACGUAGAUAACCUAACAUCCUCUUUUUCAAAAACUGAUCAUAAAAAUCUUGAAUUUGAUAGCAACGAAGGGCUGGAAGGCACAACGGUGGAGAACCAAAAAGGUUAUAGAGUGGAAGGAAACGGUUCUGAAAGUACCACGAUCACUACCCUACCGAUCAUAUCAGGCAUGAGUUUUAUAUUCGAGAACUAUGCGGAAAAUUGCUGGUUUUGGGAAACCAUUGAAAUGAUGAGGAAACUGCUGCUGACAUCUUGUUUCACUCUGAUUGGUGCUGAAGGACGAACCUCUCUUGGAGUCGCGUCUGUUAUGUCUGGUUGUUAUGCCAUACUCCAUGCUCAUUUUAAACCAAUCCCUGACAAGUUCGAGCAUGUUCUUCAGCUGACGUCACUUCUGGUUACAUUUGCCAACACGUGUAUUGGAAUGAUGCUCAAAAUAGACCAGGGUGCUUUGCUACAUGCUGAUGCUAAGUUCAUGGAUUCUUUGAUUGUUACGGUACUGCUGGUCAUGGCUAACAUCAUGGUCACGACUCUUGUAGUCGUAAAAUAUGCGAUAGCUGUUGGUCAGACCAUCUAUUCCGUCAUCAAAAAUCCUCGCUGCUCUCUCGCUUGCUGCCUGUCAGUCUUUCUAACACUUGAUGAAGCGCAAAGUGAAGCAAGAAGUAUGGAAAGUAGCAGUGGAUGGCAGAUGAAAACACAGCUGCAAAGUGGCAAUGAAAUUGAAGGACAUUCUAUUGAARCUGCUGCUGGUGAUUAUGGUCUAACUCAGAUAGGUAUGGAUGAUGACGAAGAGGAGAAUCAUCUUGACAAUGGGGAAGAUAAGGAAGGUGACAAAAAUGAAGACAAGAAACGUAUGAAGAGACACAAAAUAACUAUACUUUGAAAGUUUUGUUACGUUUGUUUUAUUUAUUUAUUUGUGUUAUUUAUCUCUGAAAGCGGCACAAAUCGACCAAAAGAGCGUGUGCGUGCGCGAUAUAUAUACCUGUAGUUGAAUAUAGCUGCAUAAGACGUUAAAUUGUAACCAAUAAGCGCGCUGGAUUUAUGAUAUUUACUCGUGUAAAAAUACUAAAUAAGUUAAUCAAUUACAGCGAAAAUCGCUGCAUCGCGACCCGCCAUUUCAAAACCCUGAUUGGAUUUUGGUCUUUUCCGUGCCGUCAAUCAUCUUGGGUUUAUGCAAAUGAGUCUGCGAACACGAUCGCUCAGAGCUUCGGCCAUCAACGUAUGUUUUUUUYCGAAAAUGUAAAAUGACUUUGUGAUAUUCCAAGGAAUUGCGAUGGAGAGUUAAUUGUUUAUUAUAAUUUCUAGCGCUAUGAACGCUCGAUUUGUGAUGUGAGAUUGUAUCUAAUGAAUGUAUGCUAUUUCAUAAUACACUCAACAAAAUUACUCGAUUCUGAUUGAACAAGAGGAGUACAAUUAAAUCGUCAAUUGACUUCUGUAAAGUCCAGAUUAAGUUGCUCAAUUCUGUUGAGUGUAUUAUUAUAUUGAUUUCUUAUAGUGACUAUCUGCCUGGCUUAAAGAAAGACACAUAUUAAAUCAUGAAAUCAUUAAUUAAGAACUCCUUGUUUGUUUGAUCUAUCAUUUCUGAUAUAAUUUUUUUUGCUGUUGCGGUAAUG